AUGAUACAACAACCCACGUACUAUGAGAUACUAAAUAUCCCCUCAACCGCAACCCAAGACCAAAUCAAGGUUGCCUACAAGCUGAAACUACUAUCAAAUCACCCCGACAAAAAGAACCCAUCGGUGAUUAUAACCACAACCACAACUACAACGACAAUCUCAGCGACCUCUGAUUCAAGAGCUACUUCAUCCAACCCCGACAUCAACCUGAUCAUCACUGCAUACGCAACACUAUCCUCACCUCGAUUGCGAGCGCAAUACGACUCGGACUUGCAAACGAAAUCCAAAAUUAGUGGCGUUAAUCUAACUGGUGAUGGUCUUGAUUCAUUCACCUUGGAUGAUUUUCAAUGUAUCGAAGUAGAAAAGGAGAAAAGCGAGGAUAGCGUGGCCGACGAUGUAAACGAUGGCAACUCCGAUCUUGACGCCCAUGAAGUCCAGUUCGUCAAGAUGUGCCCUCGAUGUCAGUGUGAACAAGGCAUGGUUUUGACGGAAGAAGAUUUGAUUACCAAAGGGACCAAAAGUGAAGAUGAUCAAGACGGAGGCAGGUUUGAUAUCAUAGUUCAGUGCAAUAGUUGCAGUUUAUGGAUUCAUGUCAAGUACUACGAAGAGGUAGAGUAA